UGGCGGUUGCUGGAGGAGAAGUCGUGUGGAACAACCGGAGAACACAGGGCGAAGCUGCACAGCUCGCUAUUUACGCCUGCUGGAAAGCGCGCAUCGCAAAGGAACCGGAUUGGUAGGCGUGACAGGCAGUCGGCAGGAACAGCAGGCACCACCGAACCCACUCCACACCCGUCCCUGGUUGUACCGCUCGCGAUACCCGCCGUCUCGAACGGGUGCACAAGUGCAGGAAAAACGGCGGAUAAGCACGACGACGAAAGCGAACGAGUGGCAGAUUUCUGGUUCCCCCCCGGGUGGUGGUGUGCAAGUGGCACUCGGUUACGCUGGUGUGUGUGUAUUGGUGCGCGGAUUUCAACGACGAUAUUCAUUCCGCCGUGCGCGUUUCGUACGUGUGGUUCUGGACGGAUUCGCAGCGUAGCAGCAGCAGCAGCAGCAUCGAGUGAAGCGAUUUCGGUACUUGUAAAAACGGGGCGAUACGUAUCUCACCAGCGUGUGCGUGUGUGCGUUGUGGCACAGGCUUUGCUGUACCAACCGGAUGUUGGCAGCCAUUCAGUGGUGGUUUUUCUUUCGGCAAUACGAUUCCGAACGUAAAGGAACACGACGCGCAUAUCCAACAACCGGGCGGUCGCCAGUUAGUCGUCUUUUCCUUUUGGUGCCGUCACACCCGUUGAAGGACACCGCCGACGUGUAGCACCGCCUGCUGCCACGGGGUUUUUACGGUUCCGCAGCAAGUGUGUUUUGUGUUACUGUGUGUGUUUAUGUGUAGCUGUACGUGAUGGGGAAAAAGGUGGACGACGUGCCGCUGCUACCGUUUGCCAUUUGCCGUCUUCCACACCCCCCGUCAGUAGCGUGAAGCAGCAGUGGAAUACGUGUGUGCUCGCGUAGCGCAUAGCCAAUAGGGGCAACAGAGGGUGGGUUUAGAUUAUCGGAUCUUGCGUCACGGACACUGCUCGACCCGGGGUGGUUACAAACGCCCGUGUUUGUGUGUGUCCACGCCGCACCACGAGCACCCGACCGCGAGCACCAAAAACCUGCGGGAGCUGUUCCGCGUGCGAUAGAGACAAAGCAAUCACCCGAGAAAGUGAAUACGCGAGCGCGCUUACGAACGGCGGCGCGGUCAAUAACGAUAGUGUGUGAAAACCGUACCGAGGAACGAAGAGAAGGGCUGAAACACGGUGUACGGGUUGAAGAGCAGCAGCUGCAGGGCCUGUUCGACGGGAUUUGCUGUGAAGUACCGCCGCACACGCACGUACCCCAACAGCGCGCGAUGGAGCUGAAGGCGGAGAAAAAAGACCACGAUGACGAUGAAAGCGGUGGUCGACGGCGACAGCAUCGCAACAGCACCACCGUUGCAGCUGCGUCGGCUGCAAUGGAUGUCGAUGCGGCAGCGAACGGUAAUGGCGACGCGAUCUCGGAUCAGGAGAUUGUGGAGGUUGGCAUUGACGAGGAUCACAUCAAGUUUCUCACCAGCAUGCACUCGGGCGACGAGGAACCGACGAACGGGCACCGUGCAUCGUUGGUUGCGCACCGGACCGCCACAAAUGGGGUCGCCGGAAAUGGACGGGAAAGGCGGGCGGCUAUCGAGUGUGGCAGUAACACCGCCACCACCGCCACCGGAAAGCAUCGUCGUUCCGCCAUGCUGCGCAUUCCAGCCCAUCGGAAUGGUGUGCUGAAUGGGUUGAAGGUACAGCAACAGCGUGGCAACGGUGCAACCGGGUACAGCGAGGAUGAAUCGGACGGUAACGAAGAAGACGACGAUGAUGACGAUGAUGAUGAUGAUGAUGAUGACGACGAGGAAGACGUGAUGGUCGUCGCCGCAAACAUCCUAUCGAAGACGGCGCAGAGGUCAUCGUUGCUUGGUGGCACGGGCCGAACGUAUCAGUGUGACGUGUGCCCACGGAUAUUUCAUCGGCCGGAUCACCUGCGCUACCAUAUGCGUAUCCACGAGAAGAACAAUCCAUUCGAGUGCAAGCUGUGCUUCAGUGUGUUUGCAUCCGAUCCCGCAUUCGCACACCACAUACGCACCGAGCACGCCGGUAUGGGGUUGGCCGAUGCAUUGCCACCGGUACCAGAAACGGAGGCGAACUUUUUCGCCUGCACGUACUGCGACAAAUCGUUCACCGAUGCGGUUGAGCUGGAGGAACACUUACACCAGCAACAUUUGGGCGAUCGACCGUACAAAUGCAACAUGUGCCCGAAAGCGUUCAUUCGGAUGGAUUUCCUACAGUGUCACUACCUGAAGUACCACAGCUUUCAUCCCAUGGACGAUGAGGAGGAGGAGGAAGGAGAGGAGGAGGAACAUUACUUGCCAAUGGAGCAGCAUCAGCUGCAGUCGCAGCAGCACUCACAGUUUGAAAAUAGGGCGAAAAGGCCACGACUAAUGGUGCGAAAGAUUGAAGAUUUGGUAGACGAUCGUAUGGCGAAGGGUGGUAGAGGUGGUGUUGGUGUGUCCCGGCGUACGUCCCACACCGGAACGGGGACGAGCAUCUCGAGCGACGAACAUCGGGACGAUGAGGACGAGGAUGAAGAUGGGGACGACGAAGGGACGGGCGCGGAAAGUAGCGAUCAGCAUCAGAAGUUUCUCCAGCGAACGGAAGCUUCCGGUCUGCGCAACUUUCUCCCGAAGCUAAGCAGUGUCCACAGUCGGUUGCUGGUAGCCAUGGAGGAACAGCAUUCCAAAAAGCUGGCCGCAGCAGUCGCGGCCGAAGAGUGCAUUAAGCAUCGGUGUCCGGUUUGCGAUCGAGGUUUCGCUCGCGAACCGGACUUGAUGCUGCACGUGCGUACUCAUCCCGAUUUACCCACCUUCAAGUGUCCGCUGUGUGAACUGACCUUUAUCGGGUCGGACUUUUUGAAGAAUCACCUCAAGAAGCACGUACUCGGCAAUGGUGAAGAUCCGGGAGCACCCGGUGCUAUCGAUUUGACGGCUGCUCCGCCGACGGAACCAUCCGCACAACCGACCGGUGAUGCCGGAUCGGAUCCGGUUCGUCCACUGUCCUCUGCAAUGCCGUCGACGGCAAAGCUUCCGAAGCCGAUCAUUACGUCGAAACCACCAUCCACGGGCAUAUCGCUGUUGAAACCGAUCGAGGAAAGGAAACCACCGGACCAUCAGCAAGAGUAUUGCGUGAAAACGGCCGACGGAAAGUUUAUGUGCACGGUUUGUGAGCGACUGUUUUCGCACCAGCAAACCGUGCGCAUCCAUUUCCGGAUCCACACGAACGAAAAACCUUACAAAUGUACAUUUUGCGAAGAGUCCUACAUCCGGUCGGAUUAUCUCGAGCGCCAUCUGAAGGUACAUUUUAAGGAUGGAAUGCUACCGGCGGUAGCGAUUGCCAGUAUGGCAGCGGCGGCUGCUGCAGUUGCGACGGGUGGUAAUCGAUCGGCUGCUUCAUCUCCGCCACUUACGGUGAAGGAGGAUUCACUAACCGAAAGCCCAGUCACACCGGCCGGAACAGGCACGACGGGUGGCAGUUCCGCCAGCAAACCACUCAUCGGUCGAGCCGGUUUGGCGCCGGAAAAUUACCAUUUCACCGAAUCGGUCGAUGGACAGUUUGUGUGUAAGAUUUGCGAUACCGUGUUCAACCAGGUGGCCUUACUGCGCAAGCACGCCCUGGCGCACACGGAGGAGAAACCGUUUCACUGCGGCAUUUGCGAGCGGUCCUUCAAUCGGGUAGAUUAUCUGAAGGAACACUUCAAAUCGAAACGGCACCUACAGCUGGUGGCCGAAGCUGCCACAGGUGGCGAUAGUUUAUCAGCGCCGGCAACACGCGCCGACGAGGAAGAUGAUGAUUCCACGAUGGAUGAUGGUGUAUCGUCGAUGGGUCGAUCGAAGUUGACGGGGAGCAGAAGUACCGCGAAGGCGGCGUCCUCAUCACCCGCCGUCGUUGGGGCUGAGGUGACUAAUGGCGACGGAGGAGCACGUGCAGCAGAUGUGAAGGGAAAUGGCAACAGUAGUCGUAGCAGCAGCAGCAAUAGUAGCAGCAGUAGCAGUCGAAGUAGCAGCAGUAGUCGAAGCAGUAGCAAUAGUAAUAGGAACAAUACCUCCGUUGCGUCCAAUCCGAGUCCACCGAAGCAAAAGCCCGGUACGACUACACCGCCGGUGGGCGGCGAAGCAGAGUCACGAUCGGUGCUGGGUGAGUUUCACCGAUCCGAUUACGAACGCACCAGCGACGGACGGUACAAAUGCAACCAGUGUGAUAAGACGUUCGUGACGGCGGUCACACUGAAGAUGCACAUCCGGUUGCACACGGGCGAAAAACCGUACAAGUGCGACAAGUGUGAUAAGGCGUUCAUUCGUUCGGAUUAUCUGAAGACGCACGAAAAGUGCCAUCGGCAGGAAUCGUUCCUGAACAUGCUUUCGCUAACGACAUCGAAGGAACCGAGCACGGCCUCGGAAGCGGAUGAUUCGGAUGCGGACGGUGGUGAGGCGGAUGAAGAUCGAACGCAGGAGGGUAACCGGUCGAUGCUAGGGAGUGGUACGAUUAACGGAGCGAACGACACUGCCGGUGGAGACCAAAAUGAGGAAGAAGAUGAUUCCGAGGAAGAAGAAGGCGAAGAAGAGGAGGAGGAAGAAUCGGAAGAAAGCGAUGAUGAGGAACAGGUAAUCGAAGUAAUGAUAAAGGAAGAGAGCUGCUCCGAAAGUGAAGAUGAUGAGGAGGACGCCGAGGAAGAGGAGGAAGAGGAGGAAGAGGAAGAAGAAGCGGAAGGACAGCAUACUCUGUAUGCGGCCAACAACAGUACAAACCGGAACGCAUCCAGCACAAUAAACGCAACAGAGAACUCGCGAAAGCAAAAAGAAUCGAGUAAACGAAGAAAUCGAACGAAAGCUUCCGUUCCAUCGAACCGGGUUUUCGCGGCAACUAGCGGGGGAGAGAGCAGUAACAAUGGGUUUGACCACGAGGAUGACAGCACGUCCCAGGCUAGUGGACCAGCCAGCGGUCAUCAGUAUGGCGGCGCCGAAUCGAUGCAUAAUGGCCAGAAGGGUAAACACCGGUGUCCGAUGUGCGAUAAGCUGUUUGCCUGGCCCAAGUCACUCAAAAUUCAUCUUCGCACGCAUACGGGCGAGAAACCGUAUCGGUGCGAUGUGUGUGGCAAAUGCUUCGGACGGUCGGACAGCUUGCGAGGCCAUAAGCGGACGCACACCGACGAAAAGCUUAUACAGUGCCAUUUGUGCGACGUUAGCUGUACGACCGCGGCCGAGCUGGUACAGCAUCAGUAUACGGCGCACGGUUUGCAGCCAUUAGAAAGUUAGGGACCGGAUGCGGAAGAAUUACGCAUACUCGCACAAGCACCUGUGUGUGUAGGUGAUUAGGCAAAAGUGCUUUCAGAACGGUUCACAUCUGUGUCUCUAAUGUCAGAUACAAUUUGGUGAAAUUGAAGCAUCAAUCUACGGACGAAAAAGGGUCGAAGAUUUCUUCUGUAAUAGUUUCGAGAUCGAUCGAUCGAAUUCCACCGGAACACGCCAACACGUGUUCGGCAGCCUUCGAUGUAAUGUAGUGUAAAUAAAUAUAUGUACUUACAUUUUAAUACCAGACACACAGCACACAUCCACUUAUGUAAGCUGCAGAUAGAUAAGUUUGCAGCUUCAAUAAACGACC